AUGCCUCCAGCAUCUACUCUCUCCUUCAAAGACCGUGUCCUCAAUCUCAUCAAGACACUUCAUUUCGUUUGGUUUUUGGGUCAUGUGUUGACAGUUCUCGGCACAGUGUUUUAUGCCAUCAGCUUCUUCAGCAACAACUAUCUGUAUAGACUAGCAUAUCUUGGCACAUUGUUGUCGUAUGGUGUUGUUAACUAUAAAAAUCAUGGUAAAAUUCAAGUACAUGCAGCCUAUAUUCAAAAGUUGCUGAUGGACGAGAAUGCACAAUACUUUUUUCUUGCCUUCUUUUGGUUCCUCACAAAGCCUAUCGCAGUGACCUUAAUCCCUUACUGUACAUUUUCCGCUUUCCAUGCCCUUGGUUAUGUACGUACAAAUGUCAUUCCUAACGUAUUCCCUCCUCAGUCUACUACUGCAUCUACUACGGCUACUGGCAGCACCACUACUGCUAAGCCAUCAUGGCAAAUAACAACCCAACAAAAAAUUAAAAGUUUGACUGACAAAUACUAUACUACUGCAAUGCGAUUUGUUGCUCAAUCUGAAGUUACUCUUAUUGCUGUUCGUUUACUCGUCGGUGUGUUCCGCUUUCAAUUCUUGCCUUUCAUUAUCUACGCGCAAUUCCUUCGUAUGCGUUAUCACUUGUCAUCCCAUACACAACAAACUUUCAGCCAAUUACGUGUUCGUUUGGAUGAAAUGAUUUUGACAAACAAUGCACCUGCAAUGGUUCAGAAGAUUUAUAAAACUAUCAAGGCGAUCAUCAUCAGAUUCGGCAAUAACAUUGUCCAGCAACAAGCACGACCUGCUGCCGCCCACUAA